AUGGAAAAAAAUAUUUAUUGGGAAAUUAAAGAAGAAAUUGAAAAAUUAAAAACAAAUAAAAAUGUUCAACAUGAAUUAAUUGUCAAAAAAGAAUUGUCUCGUGUCGAAACUUCAAUCAAAUUAAAAGAAAAAUUAAAAGAAUGUGGAUUGUCUGUUUAUGUAUUGAAAUUUGUUUUAAAUGAAAAUCGAGGCGAAGAAAAAAAUCGUUUUGGAUCAAUUAUUCGAUUAUUGCCUAAAGCUCUACGCUUAUCAAAAAAGAAUGGUAGCGCAAAAGGAUUGUCUGAAAACAUAAAAAAAUAUUUGGAAAAUUUUGAAAAUAAAUGUGAAGCAGAAAUUGAAGGAAAUAAAGAAUUGAGUAAACAGAUUGUAGAAACAAAAAAAUUAAAAGAAGUUAAAACUAAUUUAAUUAUUGAAAUUAACAAAUUUGAAAAUGAAUUGAGUGAAAAAAUUGAAAAAUUGGAGAAAAGAAAUUUAAAAAAUGAAAUUAAAAAGAAUGAAGAUUUGGAGGGAAAAUUAGUGAAGGAAACAAGAGAAUAUAUUGACAGAUUAGUGAAGAAAUUGGUCUUUUUAGUUAGAAAUUAUGAGAAAUUAACAAACAAACAUUCGACUUCACAAAGUAAUGGACAAAUAAAUACUUCAAGUUUAACAGCAAUUCUUUAUUGUUUAACAAAUAAAUUUUUGGAAAUGUUUAACGAAGAUGGAGUUGUUAAUAUGGAUAUUUUAUUACAAAAUAUUUCAAACACAAAUCUGAUAGAAUAUGGACUGGAAAUGAGUGGAAAAUUGGGAAAGAAAAGAGUUGAUAAAAUGUAUUAUCAACAAAUUCUCAAAAUGAUUGGAAAAAAUAAUGGUGGAUUAGAACAAAUGAAAAAGAAUUGGAGUAAUUACUGCUACAUUGACAAACAAAAUGUUGAAUUUGAAAGGCCCGAGGAAUGGGCAGUUAACUAUAAAAAUGAAAUUGGUUUACAAAGUGAUGGUUUUCGUUUGGCAUAUUUGGGAGAAGAUAAUGAUGACUUAUUGUUAGCAAUUAAUGAUAAAGAAAGUGGAUUAACAACAGAACAAAAGGAGGAAAUAUUUAAAGAAAUAUUAAGCAAUUUCCAUCUUCAAAAAGUCACUUUCUUAGAAGCUCAUAAAAUGCUUGGUUUAUCCCACUUUACAACAAAAACAACAUCUCAAAUACAAAAUGAAUUAUUUGUUCAACAUCCAACAUCUGAAAUAGUAGAAACGUCUACAACUUCUUCAUUCCAAAAACAAGAAGAAACAUACAAAAAAAUUAAAUUUGAAAUGAGAAAGGUUUUUAAUUUUCGGAAAAAAUUCCACAAAAUUUCCUAA